AUGGCCCCGACCAGCUUCUGGCAAAAACGCGACAUCGUAAUCCUCGCCGACAACCUUCAGGACUGGAAGGAUGCUGAGGGAGAUGAUGAACGUCAGGAGGAGCUGGUCAAAAAUACCAUAGAAAGGCUCCAGGAUCUCCGAGAUUAUCAGUUCGACAGAGAGACUCGAGAGCUCGUGGCAAAGUGGUAUACGGACCAAAGGGAGGAACGCGAGAAGCUGAGGAAGGAGAUGUUCAAGCUAGGGAAGGAUGUCAGCUGGCAGACGGUCGCAGCGAGGGAGAGGGAGGGCGACCUUGCGGAUAUCAUCGCUGAUCUGGGUCAGGGCAGGGAGAAGGAUCCAAAAGUAUACUUAUCCCUUUACCAGACUGCCCGCUCCAAGCUGUGCAAGGGCAUCUCAAAGAAGGAAGAGGAGGACUACCGUGCCACGGCGGACCUAUGGAACCGGACAGAGUGGCCGCCCGACCUGCAGCAAAAGACGCUCCUGAGACACGGGACCGACAUGGUCCUGGACUUCCAGAGGAUUAUGUACAGGAAGACCGGGCUGAGGACGUUCAUCCUGGGCUUCGUGAAGGCUGACAAUGGCCGGCCGGGAAUUGUGCAAUUCGACUUCAAUGAUCAAUUACCCAUCAACGGAGAAGAAGGCAGGGAACCGCCGAAGUUCGUCGACGCCUACCCGGACUUCAAGCGGGGCCAUACGUACGAGAUGUGGAAGAAGUAUGCGGAAGACGUGAUGGAUGGCGAUGGCUUUCCCGCCGACGGGCAACUCGGCGCGGCGCAGCUCAUCGCGAAUCUCGACUGGGAGCUCGACGAAGACAGGUAUCCUCUGCUACCUGACGCCGAUCACGAGUGUUUUGCCAAGACUGACACGAAGCGAGCCGUCCUCGGAACGUUCGUUCGUAUGACAUACAGACGGUACACCGGCCGGCCAAAGGCCAAGGUACCCUGGCAAUCCUUGUCGGAGGAGUCGGACACGUUCAUUGACGAGGCCUUUCUUCCCGCCGGGCAUGUUCUCAGUGAUCCAAACAAGAUGCGGGUUGGUGACCUGGAUGCCAUCCUGAAGCAUUGGCGCGAGCGGCAGGAUGACCAAGGUAAUCUGCUGGUCUUCAGAUUCAAGGCCUGGAGGAACUCGAAUCGCGAGGUGGUGGUGAUCGACGAGAGCAACGAGGAGCGCUACUCAGACGACGAGAGCUCGUCGAGCGACGAAGAGCCUCCGCCAAAACGGGCGCCGGCCGGCCGGCCGCCUGCCCCGGCCCGGCGACAAAAGCGAUCGCCAACGCCAGACAGUAGCGACGCUGAGGCAGAGUUUUUCCAGGGCGGGGACAUCGACAAGAGCUACAACUCGUUGUUUGAAGACCCCGCCGGCAGCGAUGAUGAUGACCAAGAACCGUCUCCGCCGCGGCUCACGAAAGCGGACAAGGGCAAGGCCCGGGCCAAUGCGGCGAGCCCAUCUCGCCCGGCAUCUUUUCUGCGCGGUCCGUCCAACGCCACCACCAACCAAGCGGACCGUCCGGCGAAGCCUGCCAAAGAUGUCAGCCAGAAGCCGACAUCUGCUACCGCUAAGAAGACGACGUUCAGGCCGGCGUUUCCCCCGGGCACUGGUCCCGGCCGCGGCUCAAAGACGAAAGGGGAGAACAAGGGCACGAAGGACAGAUCGGCCAGCAAUCCCAACACCACGGGUCCGAGUGCUGAGCCCGCCGCCGUGCAGAAGGCGACUGCUAGGCCCAAACCACGUCCGCGACGGCAGCCGGCCGCCGAGCCCGAUCCCACGGAGGAUGCUGCAGAGGCGCCUCCAGAUGAACGGCGGAAGGCACGGCGAAGCGACGAGGAUCAAACCGCUGGAGCAAGGCCAGCAAAGCCCAAGCCUGUUCCCCGACACAAGGUCCCUAAGCCCGCGGCCGACGCAGAUGGAGCAGAAGGGGCGCCGGUAAAUGAAUCGAAGGCCGCUCCGGCACGUGGGGCAUCAGGAAAAAUCAAUCUCACGCUUAAGAACAUGAAGAUUGAUUUACACAAGUCUACCUUUUAA